AUGGUGGAGAAUCACACCAAGGGAAUACCAGAGAGGAAAGAAAGGGGGAAAAAAGCAUUAAAGAGGAGGAGGGUGGAGGAAAGCAAGAAUUUAAGCUUAUUUAUAUGUUUCCCCUUUGUUUCUAGGCUUCUUGGAUAUGAAGGUGUAGAAGUCAUAAAUCCAGAAGGGGGUAAAGAUGAUGCGGAGGAGGAAGCUCAGAGAGGAAGAUGGAAACAGGAGGAAAGAGAUGGUUACUGGAAGAUGAUGCAUAAAUAUAUUGGCUCGGAUGUAACAUCAAUGGUGACCCUACCUGUUAUUAUCUUUGAACCAAUGACUAUGCUUCAGAAAAUGGCCGAGUUGAUGGAGUACUCCCACUUGUUAGAUCUGGCGGAUGAAUCAGAGGAUCCAUACAUGCGAUUAGUUUAUGCAUCGUCAUGGGCUAUAUCGGUGUACUUUGCAUACCAACGAACUUGGAAGCCUUUUAAUCCUAUCCUUGGAGAGACAUAUGAAAUGGUUAACCAUGGUGGAAUUACAUUUCUUGCAGAACAGGUGAGUCAUCAUCCCCCAAUGAGUGCUGGGCAUGCUGAGAAUGAGCAUUUUACAUAUGAUGUGACUUCAAAGUUGAAAACUAAGUUUUUGGGAAAUUCUGUUGAUGUUUAG